AUGUUCGAGCUUCAGGACUGGGUCGGCGGCCGCUACUCGCUGUGGUCCGCGAUCGGGCUGCCGAUCGCGAUCGCUAUGGCAAUGGCGAAGUUUCGUGAACUGCUCGCGGGCGCGCACGCGAUGGAUCUUCACUUCCGCGAUGCGCCGCUCGAUCGGAACAUGCCGGUGACGCUCGCCCUGCUCGGGGUGUGGUGCAUCAAUUUCUUCGGGGCCGAGACCCAUGCGGUGCUGACGUACGACCAGCGGCUCGAUCGGUUCGCGGCCCACUUGCAGCAGCUCGACAUGGAGAGGCGGCAUGUCCGUGUUCUGACGGUCAUGAGCACGGACACGCCACACGCACUGCACCGCGCGGUCGAAGCGGACGCCACGGAACAACCGAAGGAGGAUCGCCGAUGA